AUGGAUCAAAACUAGGACUCUCAGUUUCAACAAGAAAUAGCACCUUAUACUGAGUUCUUCUCCUGGGGAUCAGACUAAUUUGGAUAAUUAGCAUUAGCCAAUACGGAUGAAGAGGAAAAUCAAUACUAGCAAAAUGUGCCCUUCAGUGAAGAACCUAAAUCUUUAUCUUUCGACAUCAUCAUCAAAUAGAUAUCAUGUGGAGAAAAUCAUGCUGCAUUCAUAUCUGGAGAUUCAUUUGUAUUCUGUGUUGGAAAAAAUAAUGAAGGACAGCUAGGAGUUGGAGAUCCCAGUCUGGCAAAAUCUUCAGCACCUUUAUUGGUCGAUGCACUUCCAAAGGAUGAAAAUUUGUGGACAGUGUAAGUAUCAUGUGGAGGUAAUCAUACCGCAGCAGUUAUGAGCAAUGGAGAUGUUUAUAGUUGGGGUUAAGGAAAUUAUGGUGCUACUGGUAUCUCAACAACUUAAAAUACUUUCGCGCCUAUUAAAAUAAAUUUCAAGCAGCAGGAAUAGUUCAUUAAUAUUGUAAGUGCAAGCUGUGGUAAAAGACACACUAUGAUAUUGGACAAUAAUGGUGUCGUUUUUGUGACUGGAGACAAUUCAUUCAGAUAGUUAGGUAUCCCACACAAGGACAGAGUGCUAGAGUAUCAUUAAAUACCUGAUUUUAAUUAUAAAGCAAAGAUGAUUGAUGCAGGCAUUGAUCAUUCGAUGAUCCUCACUUCUGAUGAUAAGAUUUAUGGUGCAGGGAAUAACAAAUACGGAAAUUUAGGACUAGGCCAUACUUAUUCAAGCGACAGCUUUUUACUUGUUCAUGGUCUAUAGCCAACUAUGAAGUUUAAACAAAUUUAAGCUAAGAGACAUUCCGCAGCCUUGACGGAGGAUGGAAGAUUAUUUGUUUGGGGUAUGGUCUUUAGAAACGAUUAGCCAUUGUUGAUGCCUCAAGAACUUAAGUCAAAUAAAGGAAUAAGGUAGAUUGCGGUCGGAGAUAAAGUAUCUUCUAUUAUUGAUGAAGACUAUCAUGUUUAUACUUGGGGACUUGACAAUAAUUUAGGUCAGCUUGGCAGGAGAGAUACUUUUGAAUAAGAUGAAAACAAUAUGCCUUCAAUAAUAGAAAGUUUACAAUUCAAAUAAGUAACAUAGAUAUCUAUUGGUGGAGAUUUUUGUAUUGCUCUUGGCCAAGAUUUUGAUGAAUAUGGUCAGCCAAUUUAAAGGCAAAGUUUCAUUUAAGAACAGCCAGCAUUCUAAUAUAAUGAAGAAACUCAACCAACCUCCUAUCAAAAUUACAGAUAAGAAUAAACAGCAACCAAAAGUCAAAUGAAUAAUGGGCCAUAUGAAUACAAUAGAGAAAAUUAGAUUCAAAAAGAAUCUAGUUUUGUGAUUCCACAACAAUAGCCACAACCAAGAUACAACCAGCCAAGAGACACAGAUUAAAAGCCAAAUCAUCGAGAAAUUUUCCAAAGUCCUCCCAUAAUUAAUAAUGAUAAUUCUCAAAUAAGCUCUGGUGCUGGUUCUUAAAGAAAACAGCAAGAUACAUAUAACUCAAAUCCCAGUUUAAAUCAGAGAAAUAAGGAUCAAGAAAAGAUUCUUGUGUAAUCAUAAGGAAAUGAUUAAAGAAUUCAUGGAUCUUCUGAUAGAAAUAAAUCUCAGGCUCCUAUUGCUGGAACUUAUCCUGCUGGUUCAAAUGUUGAAUUGUACAAAUAGCUUGAUUAGCUUAGACAAGAGAAUUUCGAAUUGAAACAAAAAUAAAGAGAGCUAAUAACAGGACUUAAUGCCCUAAAAAUUGAAAAUGAGCAAGUACUAAAUCAUGCUGACGAUGAAAUCAAGAGAAUGGGAGAGUUCGUUGACAAGUUCACUGUUUAAGUUGAAAACUCGAAAAAGUUGCUUGAAGAUGAAUUUGAUGAGAAGAUAUAAAUCGAACGAAGAAAGAAUGACGAGUUAAAGAAUAGAUUCCAUUAAGAGUAAACUUUACUCGACUAAAAGCUAGACAAGCUGCAGAGAGAGAUAGAAAUGCUCAAAUAAGAAAACUAAUCGUUACAAUUUGAGAAGAAAGAUUAAGCUGAUAAGUAUAAAUCUACUGUUGAAUAACUAGAAUAAACAUAGUAAAAACUUAAAUAAGCUGAGCAGUAAAUCCAACAACUCUAGAGUGUUGAAAGAGAUAAAAAUUUAAGUCCAUUAGGUACUGCAAAACCUCAAUACUUUUAAGAGGACAAUUAUCACUACGGUUCUAGAACACCUGGUGGAUAUUCAACUAAUAUGAGACCACCAAUCCUCAACAAUGAUAGAUAAGCCUAACUUCUAAGAAGGGGAGAACCAACUAAUGAUGCUUCAUACCAGCAAUAUCCAAGUUUGAAAAAUUCUUAGUAUGAUGAAUAAAAAUCUGCAAGUAGACUAAACGGUAAUCAUCCUGCUGGAGAUGGAAACUACUUUAAUGAAAAGAAGCAAAGUUAUUCUCCAUUUUAGCAAAAAUAUGAUGACUACAGUGAUCCAAGGAAUGAAAAGUAAACACCAAACAGAUAUGGCAAUACUCUUAAUACAAUGAGUAUCUAUUCUCCAAUGAGAUCCAGAGACUAACCUCAGCAAUAGAUUAAUAAUUUAUCAAAUCCAAGUUAUAAUAGAGAUGAAAACCAGAGAUUUAGGAUGCAAUAAGUAGAACAGCAACCUUUGGCAAGUCAUAUGGCCUCAUAGUAGAGAUAUUCCUCUAUUCAAGAUGUGCACUAGACUAGUAUAAGUCCCAAUUUGAAUACCUAGCCAAGAGAAGAGCCAAAUUAUUUGAGAUCUGAGGCAAAAUAUUCAAAUCAAGGAUAUCAAACAUCACUAUCUGCAACAAAUACUGCUCCUUUAAAUGCUCCUUUGCAUGAAAUAAACGACUAACAGUUGGAUAAAGAGCAGGCAAAGCAAGACACUAUACCAGACAGAGGUACAGCCCUUAAUGAUGUCAAGAAUAGAUUAAUGGUUAUGUAGAAAAACAAAGAAGAACUUGAAGAAAAACUGAGAAAUUAUGAAGCAAAAAUAAGACAACACUUCAACAGAACUUGA